AUGGAUCAGUGCUGGUACCACGGCAACAUCACUCGCUCCAGAGCUGAAGACCUGCUCUCCAAAGUAGGCAAGGAUGGCAGCUUCCUUGUGCGGGCCAGUGAGUCAAUUGCUUCGGCGUAUGCACUCUGCGUGCUGUUUCGGAAUUGCGUGUAUACCUACCGAAUUCUGCCUGAUAAAGAGAAUAAGCUAAUUGUCCAGGCAUCAGAGGGUGUUCCCGUGAAGUAUUUUGAGAACUUGGAGGAACUGAUAGAAUUUUACAAGAAAGAGAACAUGGGUCUGGUAUGGCACCUCAAAUAUCCAGUGCCGCGAGAAGAGGAAGAAGCUCCAGAUGAGCCAGAGGAGGAUGCUGACCUGGUACCCACGCCUCCUAUCCUGCCCCCGCGCAAUAUCCUCAUGGCAUUACCAAGCAGCGAGACGAAGGAUGUGUCUUCUCUCCCUGAAAACUCCAGGGUGGCAGAUAUCAACAAACUGUCCCUUUCUGAGACACUACUCCAGCGACUGCAGUACCAGGACACAAGCAGUGUCUCUGAUGAGCAUCUUAAGCUCAUCCAGGAUUACCUGCGAGUUCACAUCAUCAGUGACUUUGAGAUGGUGCAGACUGGCUCAAGCAAUCUUCCCCAGCUGAAGAAACUGCUUACGCUUCUUUGCAAAGGACUCUUCAGUGAAGCCUCUCGGACUCUCCCUUCUCUGGAGUCCAUCCAGAAGGUGUUUGAGCAGCAGCUGCACCCCGGUAUCCAUCAGCGCUCACAAAUGCUUGGUGAAGCUAGUCCAGUCAAUAUUGUAUCGAAACUUAACCAGCUGAUCUCGCUGCUGUCUUCCAUUGAAGAAAAGGUGAAAACAUUGCUGAUUGAAGGUCCUGAUUCAACACACCGGCGCUCCCUUAUACCCCCUGUCACUUUUGAGGUGAAAGCUGAUUCUCUAGGAAUUUUCUCAAAAAUACAUCUCAAGGUUGAUGUGGAAAUGGGAAAACUAAUUAUCAAGAGAGCUAAGGAUGGUCCAGAAGACAAAUUCUAUACCCACAAGAAAAUCUUGCAGCUCAUCAAGUCCCAGAAGGUCCCUAACAAACUGGUCAUCGUGCUGGAAACAGAAAAAGAAAAAACACAGCGGAAGGAAUAUGUUUUUUCUGAUUCCAAGAAGAGAGAAGGAUUCUGUCAACUUCUGCAGCAAAUGAAGAAUAAACACUCCGAGCAACCAGAGCCUGAUAUGAUCACCAUCUUCAUUGGGACCUGGAAUAUGGGUGCUGCACCUCCCCCAAAGAAGAUCUCCUCCUGGUUUCUCUCCAAGGGGCAGGGGAAGACCCGUGAUGACACUGCUGACUACAUUCCUCAUGACAUCUAUGUGAUUGGCACACAGGAGGAUCCCCAAGGAGAGAAGGAAUGGCUGGAGACCCUGAGGCAAUCCCUGCAGGAAAUCACCAGCAUCAGCUUCAAAGUGAUAGCAAUCCAUACCCUCUGGAACAUCAGGAUUGUUGUACUGGCCAAGCCAGAACACGAGAACCGGAUCAGCCACAUCUGCACAGACAAUGUGAAGACAGGCAUCGCAAACACGCUGGGUAAUAAAGGAGCCGUGGGGGUGUCAUUCAUGUUUAAUGGAACCUCCUUUGGGUUUGUUAACAGCCAUUUGACUUCAGGGAGUGAAAAGAAACACAGACGCAACCAGAACUACACGAACAUCCUGCGCUUCCUGACACUGGGAGAUAAGAAACUGAGUCCGUUUAACAUCACUCAUCGCUUUACUCAUCUCUUCUGGCUGGGAGACUUGAACUACCGCGUGGAACAGCCCCCAACGGAAGCGGAGAAUAUUAUCCAGAAGAUCAGGCAGCAGCAGUAUCCGGAGCUGCUGGCUUUCGACCAGCUUCUCAUAGAGAGGAAAGACCACAAGGUGUUUCUGCAGUUUGAGGAAGAAGAGAUUACUUUUGCUCCAACCUACCGUUUUGAAAGAGGUACCCGGGAGAAGUAUGCUUACACCAAGCAAAAAGCUACAGGGAUGAAGUACAAUUUGCCGUCCUGGUGUGAUCGAGUGCUCUGGAAAUCAUACCCCAUGGUGCACGUUGUCUGUCAGUCCUAUGGCUGCACCACUGAUAUCAUGACAAGUGACCACAGUCCUGUGUUUGCCACCUUUGAAGUGGGAGUCACCUCGCAGUUUGUUUCAAAGAAUGACUCCAAGUACACAGACUCUCAAGGGGAGAUCGAGUUCCUGCACUGCUACGCUACUCUAAAGACCAAGUCCCAGACCAAGUUCUACAUUGAGUUUCACUCUAGCUGCUUAGAAGGUUUUGUAAAGAGCCAGGAAGGAGAAAAUGAGGAUGGAAACGAAGGGGAGCUUGUGGUAAAGUUCAUUGAUGCUCUUCCAAAGCUGACUCCAAUUAUCUCAGACCCUGAAUACCUACUGGAUCAACACAUCCUGAUCAGCAUUAAGUCAUCAGACAGUGAUGAAUCUUAUGGGGAAGGCUGCAUUGCCCUGCGAAUAGAAGCAACAGAAUCCUUAGUUCCUAUCCAUACUGUGCUGACACACCAUGGUGAGAAAACAGGGAUCUUCCAAGGUGAAAUCAAGUUGCAAACAUCGCAAGGAAAGCAGAGAGAGAAACUGUAUGAUUUUGUCAAGGUUGAACGUGAUGAAAUCACUGGGCAGAAACCAAAGAACAUCAGCAAUUUAGAGACUAACAAAGACUGGGAUCAGGCUAACAGAAAAUCAAAAUCUACUCAUCUGAUGGCCAAAGAGGCAGCAGCCAUUGCUCGCUACUGGGGGAGUGCUUCCUCUUCUCCAGACAACCCGGGAAAGGAGGAUAUGUUACGCUGCACUCCCACAGACAUCAGCAACCCCAACUACCUGGGGAUGGCUGCUUUCUCUCAGCAACCUUGUGCAGCAAGCCAGCUUAAGCAGAUACCUUCACCAGACCAGCUAUCUUCUCUCUGGAACUACGAGCAGAAUCCCAAAGAGAAUACCUCUGUAAUGGGACAGAGGGAGUCAUCCUCCACAUCACCCUCCUUGUCACCUCUGUCUCCAAAACCAUCCCUCCAGCCUACAGUAAACAGAAGCAUCUCUAGUAGGAGUCAAGAGCAUCUGCCGCCUGAACUGGGGAAGAACAUGGCAGAGCCUUUGUUUCAGGAGGAGGGACAGCAAAAACCAGAGAUGUUUGAGAACCCACUGUACGGCUGUAUGGGCUCUAAGGGCAAGGUGGCAUCAAAGAAAGAACAGGACUACCCCAAGGCCUCGCGAAAAGAGCAGGUGCCACUGCCCGAUCAGAGCUUUCUUCUCACAAAGCCCCAAGAGCCUGAGAGCAGCAAGACCUCCGGCAAACAACCAUCACCCCCGUUCCUGGUCCCCACACAGCGGUUUCGCUCCUAUACCUGCUCCAGCCAAUCUGAAGAAAAGAAUACAAGUGAAAAGACUCAAGGCAAAACGAAGAUGGCUGUGUCAUCAGAAAACUCAGCACCACUCAAAAAAUUAGUCAAACCUUCAAGGUCUGAAGUCAACUCAGCCACCCAGGGACAGUUCAACAAGCCACCCCUUCCCUCGAAGAGCCGGGCAGUGCUGGACAUGCAGAACUCCAAGGGCCGAGACUAUCGGGACAGCUCAGAGCUGCCACACUCUGGGAAGCAUCGGACAGAAGAGGGGCCAGUUGGCAGGACAACCACACCGGUGUGUUUCUUGUGGGAGAAAGAGAUGGGAGUUUUAUCAGACUGUGGUGUCACAGCAGAAAACUACAAGAGGUGUACUGGCUUAAUGUAUGCCCUCUCUAUUUCCUGA